AUGUACAGCCUUCCAGACCUGAGGGGAGGCCUGGCAACCCUCAGCAACCCACUAGACGGCCUGUUAGACCAGUCGGCCUGGUCCAGCAUGAUGUUCAGCCUUCCAGACCUGAGGGGAGGCCUAGCAACCCUCUGGGCCCCACUAGACGGCCUGUUAGACCAGUCGGCCUGGUCCAGCAUGAUGUUCAGCCUUCCAGACCUGAGAGCUGCCCUUUCAGAGUCAUGCAGCUUCAGCAACAAUGUGUUUGUUCUCUCCAUGCCGAAAGCUGCCCAGCCAGAGGAGGCUGCCAGAGGGAGCAGCAGCCCACCCAGGGACAUCAUCAGGCCUGAGGCCUUCGUCCAGACAGGACCCCUGCUGGCCAGGAGAGCCCAGAGGGAUGCUCCUCCUCCAAAGGUCCCCAAACCCCCGGUGGCCCCCCGGCCCAAACUGCUGCCCUCCCUGGGCCAGGGCAACGUGUCCCUUGUCAGUGCCAACGCCUGGGAUGAAAGGACCAAGAAGAAGAGAAAGAAAGGAGUCAGAGUCCAGAGGUCUAGCCUGGGUCUGAGGCAUAUCCCCCGUGACGUAGAGCUGGCCAUGAUGAGACCCCGUCUGGUCAAGUCAGCUGUUCCCUCCCAGCAGCCCUACCAGCCGUGGGACGACGAGGACGAGGUGGACAUCUACGCCCUGAGGCGAACAGCCUACAUGUGUCCCAUGUACGACCAGGAGGAGAGCAGCGUCAGGGGCAACAAGAGGGUGGCAGUGGAGGCCCUGGACAACAUUCCUUUCAGAAGGAAGAUCACCUUGUGUUAUUUCAUGGGGGUCGCAGGGUCAUGCUGCCAAAAGACUACUAACCCCACCCCCUGA